AUGACAAUAGAACAGAUGGGAAGAGAAAAAGAAGAAAAGAAAACAGACGAGAAAAGAAAUGAAGAGGAAAGAAGGGAAGAAGAAAUUGAGAAGGGAAGAAAAAGAAGGGAAGAGAAGAGGAGGGAAAAGAAGAGAAGAGAAAAGGAGGGAAGAGAGAAGAGAGAAGAAGAGAAGAGAAGAGAGAAGAGAAUAGAGAAGAGAAGAGAGAAGAGAAGAGAAGAGAGAAGAGAAGAGAGAAGAGAAAAGAGAAGACAAGAGAGAAGAGAUGAGAGAAGAGAAGAGAGAAGACAAGAGAGAAGAGAUGAGAGAAGAGAUGAGAGUAGAGAUGAGAGAAGAGAUGAGAGAAGAGAUGAGAGAAGAGAUGAGAGAAGAGAAGAAAGAAGAGAAGAGAGAAAAGAAGGGAGAAAAGAAGGGAGAAAAGAAGGGAAGAGAAGGGAAGAGAAGAGACAAGAGAAGAGAUAA